AUGAUAGAAUUUGUAUGGAAACUAACUUCUGGUAUCGUUUUGGACCUUGAGCUAUAUAUAUGUACUCCAAUUUCCUUCUUAUCAAAUUCUCGUCCUUAUAUUUUCUCGUCACCACCAUCUCUCCCUUCCUCUCCACCACCACCACCACAAUCACCACAACCGACGGCGAGCGCGAGCGUGACGACCACCAUCACCCCUGAGAAUCUUGACGCGUCGUCUCGGCAGUAUCGACAUCUGCGCCUGAAUCGGAAGAAGAAGCAAGUCACAUGGGAGGGAAACGAGUUUAUGCAGAGGACACCGAUGUUCGAAUGUGUAAUCCCCAAUUUUAGGUGUGGAAUAUUUUUUUUUUCGUGUGGAAUUGCAGAAUGCUUAAGUUUCAAUUACAAUUACAAGAAUGGAACUUACAGCUAGGCUACCCAGAUUGGCACUACUUGUAUACGGUCUUUUGACUUUGAAAAUCUCGUAUUCAAGGGGAAGUAGGACGAGAAUUUGAAGAGAGUUCAGAGGAUAGAUGAGAAAUAUCUCAAAACUAAAGUAAGAGACAUUUUGGCCCUUGAUUAUAAUUCAACAGUCUAGAUUGUUUUAUGAGACAAUAUUAGGAGAAGAAUAUGAGGAGAGAAUCCGGAUCC